AUGAACCUCGGGAUUUGUUCCAUUACCCGAGCAGAGCUGAUAGGCGCUGUGGAAGGACUUCAGCUGGCCUGGGAGCUGGGCUACCGUAGGGUCAAUGUUCAACUUGACUCGCGAUGUGCAGUGGAGAUUCUUCAGCGGCAGCAGGACCACGAUCAUCGCGAUUCAGCUGUCUCCCAUCACUUCCAGGAAUUAAUGCAGAGGGACUGGGAAGUUUCCCUCACUCAUAUUUAUAGAGAAGGUAACAAGUGUGCUGACUAUAUUGCUAGUCAGGGUCAUCAGCUGCCAUUGGGCUAUAGCAUGUUUCCCAUAACGGACACUACCCUUGUAUCUUGGAUUUUGUAUGACACUUUGGGGCUUUCCGAACCCCGUCUGGUUAUGAAUGAAAGCUGA